CUCAGUAAACACACAACCUUCCUAUACAUCACAGUCUUUUCCCUCACUCCCCAGCAGGCGAUGGCGGUGGUGGUGGCGGCGUGUGUGGCCGUGGCGGCGGGGAGCAUCAGCGAGGCCCAGGAAGGCACCCCGGUGAAGCGUGGUGUGCUGGCUGGACAUGGCCACGCUGCCUACGUGCACCGGGGCUAUGGACACGGACAUUACGCUGCAGGUCACGGUUAUGGACACAGACACGGGUACGUAAAACACAAUGUACCUAUCGAAGCCCCAUCGGUCCCCGCCUGCGCCGCUAACUCCAGCCGUCCCUGGUGCCUGGAGGACGCCGAGUACCCCACCCAUGAGAUCCAGCACGCCGCGGAGCACUUCUUCAACCUUCUGCUUCCUCUGUACACCGACGUGUCCAACCUCAACACCGAGCUGUCCCUGAGCCGGCCCAUCAACACCCUGCAGGACGAGACGUACCUGUGUCCCUCCUCCACUAACUACGUGCAGCCGCUCAGAGUUGUCAACACCAACGGCCACUGGAGGGUGAUCGUCAACAACAUCAAGCUCUACACGGACACACUCACGCAGACGACCAGGGUGGAGGUGUGUCUGACCCCAGGGAGUGCGUGUCCCAAGGUGCCAGACUGCAUUGGCUCCUCGUGUCUGGAGAAGUCAGUGUACCAUCGUUUCCUUGUGUACGACCCUACCGAUCAUCACUUCCCCUUCGCUAUUGAGUCGUUCAAGCUCCCCACUACUUGUGCUUGCCGCCUCGACGCUCACUAAAUCCACCAGCCAUCCACCCUGACGCGAUUCUUCUUCUUUGUUUUCUUCUUUCAGUUGCUUCAAUUUCAAAGUCGCUACAUUACAUCAGCUUUCUCCGACACGCUCAGUCACCUGCGCUUACUUAGCUUAACGCAUGUCCUCUUUCACUGCAUCUAUAAACCUUCUUUCCCCACCCUCACAUAAUUAUAAGCUGAUAUUUCUCUUAACUAACACGGAAAAGUUUCUUCACCUCUCUACUCAUCUACACUAACUUGACUGCUUUUCCUUCCCUCCACCUCUUAACCUCCCUACUUCACCUCUCCAAGGUCCUUCACUCCACCCUAUCAUCAGAGACUCAACUCACAAGACGGUAUCUUAAACGUUUCUACGCUUCAUCUCGCUAGCCUUGAACUCGUUCUCAGAAUCAUGCGGUAUCUUCAAGCUUUUAGUGAUGGUUUAGCAAGAGUUCUGCAUCAUCUGAGAAAAAAACAGCUUUGUACGUAAGGGAAUCUGGCGAAGAAAGGCCCACCACUCAAGUGAACCUGACGAUCAGCCCAGCGGUUUAUGAAUACAACCCUGCAGAGAAAAAUGCUUGAAAAUACGAACCAUUUUCUCUGUUUACUUCAAUACUGCAAAUUUCUCCACCCAUUCCACCACCACCACCACUUACACGACCCUGCCUCCACCUCCACCUCCACCUCAACACGCAAAGCUGCACGGCACUUCACCUCCACAAACACAAUCUUUAACCCUUCAAACUGUCAACAACCACAUGGUAAGCGCCCCCUUUCUCUCUCCCUCGCCACCACAAAUACCAACACUCAUUACUACUAUUCCCGCUCCACUACUCAGCAAUGCCUUCCACCUCCCUCCACCACACACCACUUCUCCCUCUCCACCACAGAUACUACGAUUCAGUAUCCCCACGCUCUCUCCACCACCCAUUCACUGCCUUCCACCUCACUUCACUACAAGAAUCUAUCCGCUUCCCUCUCAAUGUUCUGAGACUUUCCUUUCCUAUCUCCCUCACUGAGCCAUAAACCUUAGAACGAGUAAUUUUAAUCCUCUGAUGCCUAUUGAAGAUGAGACCAUAAUACCAUAAUAUUACUGGCAGUUUAAGGAGUUAGAAUAUGCAAGUUUUUGUGAGUGUCUUCUGAAGUUAUUCCCCCAAACUUGUAACGAAAAAAUAUAUUAAGUUUGAGGAGAAGCCAUGAAAACACUCUUCCUGUUAAUCCUCCUCCUUUUCCUCCUCCUCUUCUUCCUCCAUUAUAUUAAGUUUUACUACUCGUAUUAUUUAAUCUUCUUCUA